AGCUUUUUUUGGAAGAUUGAAGAUUUUAUUCACACUUCCCUGGGUUUUCAAGUUGAUUUCAACUGGUAACUGAAGCUGUUUUGCAAAUAAACUGCAGCUGAACUCCAACUUUUCCUCCUUUCUAGCUUUUAUUUGGCAAUUUUAGGUUGAUUCCUAAGCGACCAGGGUUGUGAAGCAAGAUGGUAAGAUAAAUUCAUGGUCUUAACUGGAGCGAGGCCCAUACUUGAAAUUAAACGAGUCCGUAGAAUCCAGAGAAUUUGGGGAAAAAAGAGCUAGGUGAUCUUCUUCUCCAAAAAGCAAGAAUUUGGUGACUCCUAUUGCUCCAGUGCCCCAACCGCAUAAAUCAGAGAUUCUCUGUAGAAUUGAUGAAUUGGUGAUGAUGAUGAAGGAACCAAACCAGAGAAGAGACAAAGAUAAUAGCGGUAGUAGUAGUAGUAGUAAUAUGAGAUGCCCGCACUGUGCGGGUCCUCUUUCUAAGGAGAUGGAGACAAGCCAGUGGACGGUUCCCCCUCUAAUCCGUGAUAGCUUUUCUAUGAUUGGUUCUGCGGUUGGUGGGACUACAAGUGCGUUCUAUGGGUUCAACCAUGUGAUGCCGAUCGUUAGAAGGUGGAUUAAAGGACCUAUGUGGUUGCAUUUCCUUGUUGGUGCCCCUCCUGUGAUAGUUUUCUCAUCUGCAUGUGCAGGGUUAGCAGGUGGUGCUGUUCCAGCAUUUGCUCAGCUAGCAUCUUCGUCUUACCAUGCCGCGAUUUCAUCUUCCUCGUCACCACCUACUGUUUCACAAGAUGAAAAGAUGAGAAAAUCUAGAACUUCUUCAACUCUGUAGCCUAAACACUAAGAGGAGAUGUUUUUACUAUCAGAUCCUGUGCAUUCUGCAGAUCAUCUUAGUUGGCUGUAGUCCUCCCUCUCCUGUUUGUUUUACCAGCUUUUGGCUACAUUUAAGAUUUCUGCUUUGUUCUGGUGAUUUAUUUUCCUUUUGAGAGAAUGUGCAACUUGUCCAUGUAAUGAGUUGUUUAUUUUGUAAAUUCCAACCUUAAUUUUACAGUGGAAGUAGCAAAUUUGCGAAUGUGUCCAGCUCCAUUGAACUGCAUUUCAGUUGUAAGUGAUUAAUUUCAGGAAAAGUUAUUUUUUUUA